AUGGAUUUAAAAUACGGCCUAAUAUGCUUAUAUCCAGAGCCACUUCAAACAAUUCGUUAUUCAAUAGCUAAAGAGUGGUUAAUCAGUGAAAGCGGCGGCCAAAUUUUAAAUAAUUCUACUGAUACAUCAUUGAAUGACCAUUCAAUUGACGAUAUAAAUGACGGUACAGAAAGUGAAAGCUCCUUUGACAGUAAAGUUACCGACGAAUCACCAUCACUCGACAGCAAUCCAAUGCAAGAUUUUGAUGAAUUUAAUCAUGAGGAUAUCUUAAAUAACGAGGCAACAGAUUUUAAACAGACAAGUAACGAUGAUUCAACACAUGAUGAACAUAGAGAUAAAUCUGAAACUCGGAAAUCUACUCAGCAAGGUUCGGCAGAAACUGCCAAAAUAGUCAAUGUAAAGCCUAGAAUAGGGUUGC